AUGCUUCCUCAACUGCGUAGCACGGUAGCUUCGGCGUCCGCUCGUCGCUUUGUCAGUUCCGCAUCGCAGAGCUCUCGUUUGCUGACACCGUACAGCUGCAGCGGCACGUCUGCGGCCUUCUCGUCCAGAGCACCGAGUCGACAGGCAUCUUUGAACUCUCUAACAAGAUUGGCUUUGUCUCUACGUCAGCCCAUCACACCCUCGAAUGCACGCGCUUUCAAUAAUGUCGCUAAUGCCGUCAAGUCAGCUCGACCUCACCAAACUUCGAAGCAUGGACGCAUCGUCUCGAUAGCUAUUGCCGGUCUUGGAACUGCUCUCGCGGCCGAUUGGUUCCUGUCGCAAGAACCGCUCCAGACAGAACCCGAGACCUCCGCUGAAGCUCCAUCCUCCCCUCAACCCCAACACGAAGGGUUUGCACCUCCUGUAGAAGAGGAUGAUGACGACCUUCAUCGUCGCAACAUCAUCGUGCGAGCCUUCAUCAAGGUUGGCAACGUCAUCCACGCCGUCAUCAUCGAACCAUUCGGCACUGGUAGGCGCUUCAUCUACCUCUUGAUCCUCUUCCUGCCCGUCAUCUUCACCGCUCCCAUGCUGCUUGUCGGAAGCAGACGAGAGAAGGGCAGAAGACGAGGAAGGAAAGUCCGUAAGGACGAAGAGGGCGAUCGCUGGGGUGCCAUCUGGUGGUACUCUUUCCUCGUCAAGCAGAUGGAGCGCGCCGGUCCCACCUUCAUCAAGCUCGCUCAGUGGGCGGGAAGCCGUCAAGAUCUCUUCCCCGACGAACUCUGCCAGCGGCUCGGUAGACUCCACUCCAACGGCAAACCGCACUCGUUCCGAUAUACGAAGCGCGUCAUCGAGCGCAUCUUCCAACGCCCCUUCGACGAGAUCUUCGAAGAGUUUGGACACGAGCCUAUGGGCAUUGGAGCGGUGGCACAAGUUUACAAAGCGACGCUCAAACACGAUCUUCUGCCCCCAGGCUACAAGCGAGCAAAGAAGGAGGCGACCAAAGCCGAGGCCACGCAAAAGCUCUCCAAGACCCUCGCGUUGUCGUACGAAGAGGACGUUGCGCCUCCUCAGAUCCCCACCAACAGUGUCGCCAUCAAGAUCCUUCAUCCCCGUGUAGAGAAGACCAUCGCCCGCGAUAUCAGGAUCAUGCGCUUCUUUGCAAGCCUCAUCAACCUCAUCCCCGGUGCCGAAUGGCUUUCGUUCCCCGAAGAGGUCGACGUGUUUUCCGAAAUGAUGUUCUCGCAGCUCGAUCUACGCAACGAAGCCAACAAUCUCAGCCGCUUUGAGGAAAACUUUGCUCGUCGUAGAUCCGCCAUCUCAUUCCCUCGCCCGCUCACGCGGUUCAGCACGAAACAGGUCCUGAUCGAAGAGUUCGAAGACGCCUUGCCGCUCAAGCACUUUCUGCAGAUGGGAGGUGCCAAGUUCGACCAUCGCAUCGCCAAUCUGGGCCUGGACGCUUUCCUCAACAUGCUCUUGAUCGACAACUUUACGCAUGCGGAUCUGCAUCCGGGCAACAUUAUGAUCAAGUUCUACAAGCCUUCGACCGAAUCUUUGCUUUCGGAUCUGUUUGCGAGGAUCUUGAGCAAGUUCGACAGCGACUAUGCUCCCGGUCAUCGCAAGGCACCUGCUACACCGGACGAUCAGGUGGACCAGAGCAUCGUGGAGAGGUUGCGUCCGUUGAGGCACGAUCAGGAUGCGUGGCUCGACGAAUUGGAUCGCUUGGACGCGCAAGGAUACCAACCCGAGAUCGUUCUGCUGGAUGCCGGUCUUACGGUCGAACUGACCCCUCUGAACCGACGAAACUUCUUGGACCUCUUUUCGGCGGUGGCUCAGUUCGACGGUGCGCUAGCGGGACAUCUCAUGGUGGAACGAUGUCGAUCGCCCGAUCGAGUGGUCGACAAGGAGAUGUUUGCCAUGAAGAUGCAAGAUCUCGUGCUCAGCGUCAAGUCCAAAACAUUCUCGCUCGCCAAGAUCAAGAUCUCCGACGUACUCAACAAGGUCCUCAUGGCGGUUCGAGAUCACCACGUCAAGAUGGAAGCUGAUUUCGUCAACACGGUGAUUUCAAUUCUGCUGUUGGAAGGUAUCGGAAGACAAUUGGAUCCCGAUAUGGAUCUGUUCAAGAGCGCACUGCCGAUCCUGAGGCAUCUGGGCAGAGAGCUGCAGCACCAGGAAGGUGGCGGGAUGCACAUGCCCAAAAAGGAGGAGAUCAGGAAGGCGUUGCCCAUGAUCAAGGUCUGGUUGUACAUGGAAGCGAGAGGCAUCCUGAGUGCUUUCACCGAUGCAAAGGUGAGCACCGUGGAUGCCUUUAUGCGCUACGGAUGGCAUUCGGAAUAG